GACAACAUGCGGGCCUGAAGCAGAAAGCUAUUGAACCAGCUACCACUCUCAUUGAUGUCAUUCAAAGGAAUGCAGCCAGAAUUAAAGUAAUGUCUGCAGUAAAAUGAUGUCAAAUUCAGUUACGGCUCUUUUUUUUUCUAUUUCUUUUUCUUUUGAUUUUGCUAUUUUCAUCAAUUUUUGGCUAUUGAUAAUCGGUUUCGGACCUUGUUCGUCUAUUGCAUUCAACUCGGGAACCCCGCACGAUAUUUGGGAACCAAUCAUUCAUUAGCUGCCAUGUCUGACAGCUGUACGUCAAUACCGUAUUAUGGCAGUAAAGCGCCCAAGCAAUCUGUCAAAGAAACCGAAGAGGUUCUAUUUCAGAUGAUGGACGAUUUGCAAGAUGCAGCCAAAGAUAUCCCCAGACGCGAGUCGUCUGAACAGGUCAACAAUAACCAAAAGGAUAUCGAAAAAGGCAAAAGUCAAGAUCAUCAAUGUUUGUGGAAACUCCGGAUCAUCUUUAUGGCGCUUAUCAUUCUUAUCACCAUUAUUGUCACCAUUGUAUUGAGCGAAGUCAUGAAAUCCUGA